AUGUCUAUCGACUUUCCCAAGGAGGAGGAGGCUGUCCUCCAAAGGUGGCGUGAAAUCAAGGCAUUCGAGCGCCAGCUCGAGUUGACACAGGGAAAACCCCUUUACACCUUUUACGAUGGCCCUCCUUUCGCCACCGGUCUUCCUCACUACGGCCACUUGCUGGCCUCUACCAUCAAGGACAUUAUCCCGAGAUAUUGGUCCAUGAAAGGCUUCCACGUCGAAAGACGCUUCGGCUGGGACACUCAUGGACUGCCCAUCGAGCACGAGAUUGACAAGAAGUUGGGCAUCUCUGGAAAGGCUGCUGUUAUGAAGCUGGGAUUGAAGAACUACAAUGCCGAAUGUCGAUCUAUCGUCAUGCGCUACAGCGGAGAGUGGCGCCAUACCACCAUGGACCCUACUUUUAUGGAAUCCGAAUGGUGGGUAUUCAAGCAGCUGUUCGAUAAAGGCGCUGUCUACCAGGGCCAUCGGGUCAUGCCUUACUCAACAGCCCUUACCACAGCGUUGAGCAACUUUGAGGCCAAUCAGAACUAUCAGGAUGUCAGCGACCCUGCGAUCGUUAUCUCAUUUCCCCUGAUCGAAGACCCCGAGACUCACUUGUUGGCAUGGACGACCACUCCGUGGACCUUGCCCUCGCACCUGGGCCUAGCCACGCACCCUGGUCUCGAAUACAUCAAGAUCCUUGACGAGAAGUCAGGCAAGAAGUACAUCUUACUCGAGAAACUCCUUGGCACUCUGUACAAGGAUGUCAAGAAGGCCAAUUUCAAGAUUCUUGAAAAAAUCAACGGAAAAGCCAUGCUCGGCUGGAAGUACGAGCCCCCUUUCAAUUACUUCUAUGAAGAGUACAAGGACGUUGCGUUCAGAGUACUGAACGCUACCUACAUCACUGAUGAUAGCGGUACCGGCAUCGUUCACCAGGCGCCCGCUUUCGGUGAGGACGAUUAUAACGUCGCCGUUGCAGCUGGCAUUGUUACCGAGAACAGAGCACCUCCUGACCCUAUUGACGACAGCGGCCACUUCACCAGCCGCGUCUCUGAUUUUGCCGGGAUGCACGUCAAGGAGGCCGACAAGCACAUCAUCAAGCAUCUGAAGGGCGCUGGGAAGAUUGUGGUCGACUCGACGCUCAAGCACUCGUACCCCAUGUGCUACCGAUCCGACACCCCUCUCAUUUACCGCGCGGUUCCCUCGUGGUUUGUCCGCAUUCCAGACAUCAUCCCUCAGAUGCUGGAGAACAUCAAGGGCUCGCAUUGGGUGCCAUCUUUCGUCAAGGAGCGGCGCUUUGCCAGCUGGAUCGAGAACGCCCGUGACUGGAACGUCUCACGAAACCGUUACUGGGGCACUCCUAUCCCACUGUGGGUCAGCGAUGACAUGGAAGAGCGAGUGUGUAUCGGCAGCGUGCAGGAGCUGCGUGAGCUGAGUGGCUACACUGGAGACUUGUCUGAUCUCCACCGAGACAACAUCGACCAUAUAACGAUUCCUAGCAAAAUGGGUAAGGGCACCUUGAGACGUAUUGAGGAGGUAUUCGACUGCUGGUUUGAGUCCGGCAGUAUGCCAUACGCCAGUCAGCACUAUCCCUUCGAGAACGUUGAAAAUUUCGAGAAGUCGUUCCCUGGUGACUUCAUUGCUGAAGGCUUGGAUCAGACCAGAGGUUGGUUCUACACACUACUUGUUCUCGGUACGCAUCUCUUCGGCAAGAUUCCAUUUCAAAACUGCGUUGUCAAUGGCAUUGUUUUGGCCGAAGACGGAAAGAAGAUGUCGAAGCGCCUCAAGAACUACCCAGUCCCUGAUUUGGUCAUGGACAAGUACGGCUCCGACGCUCUUCGUCUUUAUCUCAUAAACUCGCCUGUCGUGCGUGCUGAGCCACUGCGGUUCAAGGAGUCUGGCGUUAAGGAGGUUGUGCAAAAGGUCUUGCUACCUCUUUGGAAUAGUUACAAGUUCUUCGAAGGCCAGGUGACCCUGCUCAAGAAGGUCGAGGGCAUCGACUACACCUGGAGCCCAAAGGCUCUGUCGAGUAACGAGAAUGUGAUGGAUCGAUGGAUCUUGGCCAGCUGUCAGAGCUUGCUGCAAUUCGUCAAUCAGGAAAUGAGCGCAUACCGACUCUACACCGUUGUCCCGCGUCUGCUCGGGCUCAUUGAAAAUACCACUAACUGGUACAUCAAGCUCAACAGAAGACGUCUCAAGGGUGAGAACGGCGUUGAGGACACCCAGCAUGCGCUUAACACCCUGUUCGAGGUCAUCUUUACGCUUUGCCGCGGCCUUGCCCCAUUCACUCCCUUUAUCACCGACACCAUUUACCAGAAGCUCCGUCCAUUCAUUCCUAAGGAGGCCGAGGCCGAAGAUGCGCGCAGUGUCCACUUCUUGCCAUUCCCCGAGGUGCGCCAGGAGUUGUUCGACGAGGUGGUUGAGCGCAGAGUCGGCAGGAUGCAGAGGGUCAUUGAUCUGGUCAGAGUAUCUCGCGAGAGAAGAGCGGUCGGCCUCAAGACCCCGCUGAAGACGCUUGUAGUCAUUCAUCGCGAACCUCAGUACCUCGAGGAUCUCGAAUCUCUUUCAUCUUACAUCAAAGAGGAGAUGAAUGUUAGAGAUCUAGUGCUCACAUCCGACGAGGCCAAGUACAACGUCCAGUACAGCGUCACUGCCGACUGGCCUGUGCUAGGCAAGAAGCUCAAGAAGGACAUGGCGCGUGUCAAGAAGGCACUCCCGACGCUCGACAGCGACGCCGUCAAGGAAUACUCGCACAAGAAGGAGAUACUGGUUGAUGGAAUCAAGUUGGAGGAGGGCGAUCUCGUUGUGAGACGAGGUUUGAAGGAGGACGAGUCCUCGAAGAAUCUGGAGCCGAACUCGGAUAACGACGUGCUUACUAUUCUAGACGCGGAGCUUCAUGUUGAACUGGCACACGAGGGUCUCGCGCGAGAGAUCAUCAACCGCGUACAGCGUCUCAGAAAGAAGGCCAAGCUGCAGCCUACGGAUGACAUCAAGAUGGAAUACAAGGUCAUCAGCGAUCCUGACAACAUUGGCCUCGAAGAGGUGUUUGUUUCACAGACCAAGGUCAUUGAAAAGGCGCUACGAAGACCGGUGGACAAACAUGUAGUCACAACAGUGGGAGGCGAGGUGCCGAGCGAAACACAGCAGGGGGUGAUUGCGGAGGAGGAGCAAGAAGUGCAACAUGCUACAUUCUUGCUCCGCCUGCUCGAGCUUUAG